CCUUCCCUUUUUGGGGGGUGAGAUCGAGACUGCGCAGUGUAGUACACACUACACUGAGGUAGCCUACAAAGGAAUUGCUAAUGCAAGCAAAAACAGCAAUUUAGCAAAGAGGCAGGAUGUGGAGAUAAGAGGAGCCGAGUGACUCCAAAGAGCGCAGUACUGUGGAAGAAAAACAAAAGAGAAGCCAAGGAAGACAGACCCUGAGAAGGCGCACACGGAGAUCGUCCUGUGUCUGAAAGUUGAAAAGAACAUAGAAGAGAGAGAGAGAAAUAAAAAGUUUUCAAAAUUAAAAUAAAAAGUGUCUGUAUAUCCAAACGUAUUUAGUGCAGCAAUAUUCGCAGAAAGAGACGCGACUGGAAAAAAAUAAACCGAUAUUAUAAAAUUACGAAAGUCAAAAGCGCAAUCAUCUCUGAAAAACAGAAGACCAGCGCAAAUUCUGGCGAGAUAAAGACACUAGUGGAGACGCACAAGUACGGACCAGAAAGAUGAGAAGUCGGGUUUCGAACGCUUGGAGUCCAUUUGGGCUUUUGUUUAAUGUAGUGCUACUUCUUUACAUUGCUGUUCGGAGAAGUUCAGCGGCGCCCAGUCCAAUCAUAAAGUUCCCGGGGGAUGACAGCACACCGAAAACGGACAAAGAAGUGGCGUUGCAUUACCUGAAUAAGUUCUAUGGAUGUCCCCAAGACAGAUGUAAUCUAAUGGUGCUGAAGGACACUUUAAAGCAGAUGCAAAAGUUUUUUGCCCUACCAGAGACUGGAGAGAUUGACCAAAAGACAGUGGAUAUCAUGAAAAAGCCAAGAUGUGGUGUCCCAGAUGUGGCAAAUUACAACUUCUUCCCACGCAAACCAAAAUGGGAGAAAAAUUUAAUCACAUACAGGAUUUUGGGCCACACUCCAGAUUUGGCUGAGGAUGUGGUUGAUGAUGCAUUUGCACGUGCUUUCCAAGUAUGGAGUGAUUUCACACCUCUCAAAUUUUCUCGGAUUAUGGAUGGAGAAGCAGAUAUUAUGAUCAAUUUUGGACGUUGGGAACAUGGUGAUGGAUAUCCUUUUGAUGGGAAGGAUGGCCUUUUGGCACAUGCUUUUGCACCUGGGCAUGGCAUUGGCGGAGACUCUCAUUUUGAUGAUGAUGAAUACUGGACUCUUGGAGAUGGCCCAGUGGUGAAAGUAAAAUUUGGUAAUGCUGAUGGAGAGUUCUGCAAGUUCCCAUUUUCAUUCAUGGGAAAAGAAUACAACAGCUGUACACCUGAGGGUCGUGAGGAUGGGUUUCUUUGGUGCUCCACCACUUACAACUUUGAUGACGAUCAAAAGUAUGGAUUUUGUCCCCAUGAAUUGUUGUUUACCCUGGGAGGAAAUGGAGAAGGAGCACCUUGCAAGUUCCCAUUCACCUUUCAAGGCACAACAUAUAAUAGCUGCACAACAGAGGGGAGAAGUGAUGGCUACCGUUGGUGCUCUACAACGGAAGAUUAUGACCGUGAUAAGACUUAUGGAUUCUGUCCAGAAACAGCUAUGUCAACAGUGGGUGGAAACUCUGAUGGGGAUCCUUGUGCCUUCCCUUUCACCUUCCUUGGUAACAAAUAUGACUCCUGUACAACAUCAGGCCGCAGUGAUGACAAGAUGUGGUGUGCAACUACUCAAAGCUACGAUGAUGAUCGCAAAUGGGGCUUUUGUCCUGACCAAGGCUACAGUAUUUUCUUGGUUGCUGCCCAUGAAUUUGGCCAUGCAUUAGGCCUGGAGCACUCACAGGACCCAGGGGCAUUAAUGGCUCCAAUCUACACCUACACCAAGAACUUCAAGCUGUCAUACGAUGACAUCAAAGGAAUCCAAGAGUUAUAUGGAUUCCCAACAGAUAAACCACUUCCGCCCACCCAAGGACCUGUUACUCCCAUGGACCUCUGUCAGGAGGAUAUUGUCUUUCAAGCAGUGGCUCAGAUCCGUGGAGAAACAUUUUUCUUCAAGGAUCGAUUCCUUUGGAGGACCAGUAAUCCCAGAUCUAAGCCUACAGGGCCUAUGCUUGUUGCCACUUUCUGGAGUGACCUGCCAGACAAACUGGAUGCAGCAUACGAGAAUCCACUAGAAGAAAAAACAGUCUUCUUUUCAGGCAAUCAGUAUUGGAUUUACUCUGCAAGCACAUUAGAGAAAGGGCACCCCAAGAAAAUUUCCACUCUGGGUCUGCCAGCUGACCUACAAAAAGUUGAUGCUGCAUUUUCAUUUGGGAAGAAUAAGAAGACAUAUAUCUUUGCAGAAGAUAAGUUCUGGAGAUAUAAUGAAGCAAAGAAAAAGAUGGAUCCAGGCUUCCCCAAACUGAUUGCUGAUGCCUGGAAUGGAGUGCCAGAUAGCUUAGAUGCAGCCUUGGAGUUUCAGGGCAGUGGAUUUAGUUACUUCUUCAAGGACUGGUACUAUCUUAAAUUGGACGACCGGACUCUGAAGAUUGUUAAAGUAGGCAAUGUGAAAACAGACUGGUUAGGCUGCUGAAAAGUGUAAAAUACACUGUGCUAUUCAAUUCCUUCUACAUAUCUUUAGACCAUCAUUAAGAACUUGCUGGUAAAUAAAACCAAAUUAAUGGUCCAGUCUGGAACUGGUACCUGCAAACUACCAAAGAACUAGCAAAAACAUAGCAGCAGAAGAACCAGCAAUUAUAAGAAAUCCAAGAUAAAAACCAUCAAGCCACUUUAUACAUCAGUUACAAUUGUGUUUCUGCCCAAGGCUCACGUGAGUCAGGAGCACAGUGCUAUUUGUAUUUUAGCAGCAGUGAGUCACUUUCCUAGGGUUCUAGGUCUUUUUGUUUUCAAUGAAAGGUGGUUUUAUAGCACUUUGGAUUUUAUAAUAAAUGCCUUUAUAGGAAAUGUUACUGUGGUCAAAAAUGUCAUGACAGUUGAGGUUCAUGUCAUUAUGUCUUAUACAGUAUUUUACUAACAGUACGGAAUGGUUUAUGGCACAGGCUGCCUAAGGAAUAAUUGUAGUCAAACAAAGAAGUCAUGACAAGCAGCUGCUCGGUAGUCUUUUGUUUCAUCCUUUUUGGCACCUUGACAAUAAGUAGAUUUGUGUUACUUGCUUUCAUGCACUUUCCAGUAUGCUUCCUCAAAAAAGAUUUAAUAAAAUUUUGUAAACUACAAA